UGACAAAACUUCCAGUGCAGCGCGUCAGCGGUGAAGUUUGGAGGAAAAAUCAGACUUCGUAAACAGUUGAGGAGCUCAAACAUAAAACUGACUCAGGCCAAAGCCAGGCAGCCACCAUGGACGAUUUAGACGCGUUGCUGGCGGACCUGGAAUCCACUACGUCUCACAUCGCAAAGCGUCCGGUGUUCUUUCCUGAGGAGACCCCCUACUCCAUCCCCACCGGAGGACACUCCUACCAGGAUGUGUCUGUUCCACCUCCAGUCCCUCCGCCACCCUCAGCCGAGGCUCUGAACGGGUCCCUGACCGAUCAGCAGGACUCCCCCCACUCCUCUCAGCAUUCAUUAGGUUCAGCCCAGAAGAGCUGGUCCAGGGACAGCAGCAGCCCUUCAUUGUCUCACAUUGAAGAGGACCACGUGUACAGUUUUCCAAACAAACAGAAGUCCUCGGACUCGUCGACAGCAGCCAUGACCUCUGCCAUGGGCAGUAACCUGUCCGAGCUCGACAGGCUGCUGCUGGAACUCAACGCGGUGCAACAGAGCUCCCCUUCAUUCCCCACUACAGAAGAGGCCGCUCCACCCUUACCGUCCUGCAGCAUCACGCACUACGAGAACGGCGGCGCCCCUGACAUCAGGGUGAGCCCUCCCCUUCAGGAGAAACCCAAGAGGAACGGCACGAGGCUGGAGGAGGCCCGACCCAGCAUGGAGAGUCUGCUGGACGAGCUGGAGGGCUCAGUGCCUUCACCCAGUUGCUCUGCCCGCCACAGUGAUUUGGACACACCCUCUCAGCAGCAAGCCAGAAUUUCAGCUUCCUGUGCAACAAGAGAGCUAGACGAGCUGAUGGCUUCUCUGUCUGACUUUAAGAUUAUGGCCCAGGGGAAGGGUGGUGUUCCUGGUGGUCCUCCGACGCAGGUCAACAAGCUGGACAACAUGCUGGGCAGCCUGCAGUCGGACCUCAACAAACUGGGCGUGCAGACGGUGGCUAAAGGGGUCUGCGGAGCCUGCUGCAAGCCAAUCGUGGGACAGGUGGUGACCGCCAUGGGGCGCACAUGGCACCCUGAACACUUUGUGUGCACUCACUGUCAAGAGGAGAUCGGCUCCAGGAACUUCUUUGAGCGUGAAGGAUUGCCGUACUGCGAGACAGAUUACCACAACCUGUUCUCCCCACGCUGCCACUACUGCAACGGGCCCAUCCUGGAUAAAGUUGUGACGGCGCUGGAUAGGACAUGGCAUCCCGAACACUUCUUCUGCGCUCAGUGUGGAUCCUUCUUUGGCCCAGAAGGCUUUCAUGAAAAGGACGGGAAAGCCUUUUGCAGGAAGGACUACUUUGACAUGUUUGCACCAAAAUGUGGCGGCUGUGCCAGAGCCAUUUUGGAGAACUACAUCUCAGCGCUGAACAGCCUUUGGCAUCCUGAGUGUUUUGUUUGCAGGGAGUGCUUCACCCCGUUUGUGAACGGCAGUUUCUUCGAGCAUGACGGCCAGCCGUACUGUGAAGUGCACUACCACGAGCGGCGCGGCUCGCUCUGCUCCGGCUGCCAGAAGCCCAUCACGGGGCGCUGCAUCACCGCCAUGGCUAAGAAGUUCCACCCGGAGCACUUUGUCUGCGCCUUCUGCCUGAAGCAGCUCAACAAAGGCACCUUCAAAGAACAGAACGACAAACCCUACUGCCACGGCUGCUUCGUCAAGCUGUUCAGUUAGAGAGAGAGAGAGAGAGGGCGAGAGAGAGAGAGAGAGCGAGCGUUUAUGGGUCAGGGCUGAGGUCAGCGUCUAGAGAAUCUUUAGCACAGGUGGGGGGGGGCGGGGUUAAUUGUGUUUAUAUCAAAGAAGGUGGUCUGUGAUCUGAGGGUGACAUUGGAAGUGUGUGUGGACUAGGAAUGUGCAUGUGGUUGAAGCAGCAGACUCUCUCUGCCAGACUUAAAUACUUUCAAGACGUCCCGGUUUUCAGACUGACAGCGAUGCGGCUUCAAAGCUCUUCUAGGUUUGGAGUUGGUCAGGACGUGUGAAAAAGAUACACGAAGGUGACAUUACAUUUUUUAUAAAUCAACACUGAGAUGCACACAACAAGAUUUUCUUCUUAAUCCUCUGAAAUGUGUUGGAUCAUUUCAACAAGGAAAUAGCUGUGUGUAAAUCAUUUUAGUUUGUAUGUGGUUAGAUGGUGAAACUGAACCCUGUGGAGAUGCUCUGCAUGUGGGACCUUGUUGCUCACUGGUUGAGCGUGUCAUUUUAGAAACAACAGAGAUAUAUCAAUUGAGAAAAACCGCAGUUGUUUAUUAACAUAACAAUUUAAACUGCAAAGGAGGGUAGAAGGCUUUCCCCCCCAUCAUGUUGUGACAGAGCAGGAGGAUAAAUCCAUGAGUCCAUAUACUGGAAAUGCUUCUUCAGCAUUUACAAUAAUGUUCAUUGUUGUAUGCGUGAAAUGGAUUCUAGGGUUUAUACCAUUUUACAGACUCAAGAAACACGUGUAUACAUUUUCUUCGUAUGGAUACCAGAGCUGCAACAGUAAGAGUUUUCACUAUUUUCUUAAAGUUUAUAGACUGAAGAUUAAUCAUUAUUAAAUUAAUCUGAAGAUUGAUCCAUAUAAAAUAAUCAUUAGUUUACAAAGUUUGAACUUCACAAAUACUUUGAAAACAGUUUUUAAAUUCAGAGUGUCCAAUACACCAGUUACCUUUUAUUCAAAGAUAAUCAUGUCUGGUUGAAUAUUGUUUUGAUAUCAUCAAUUAUGAAACUCAGAAUGUACCAUCCCCCAGUAGCUGCAGUAUUCCCCGAGUUACGUAUGUUUGAGCCAACCUCUCGUUUUUGUGCUGCCAAAUCAUUCCUUGUAUUUUCACAGAAGAAAAGAGAAAAUAAUCUGAAAACAGAUCCUUGCCUUUGUCUCUUUGCAGUGAAGUGGAAUCACACAAAGAUAUUGGGAGUGUACGGUGCAUCUAACACUCACGUUAUUCUUUCUAGGUACUUCCUGAGGAGUUCUUGUGUAAAUAUCAAAUGCAGCUACAUGUUGCAGUACUGGCAUGUGUUAACCACUCAUUCAGAGGGAGAGGGCUGAAGGCAGAGAUACUUUGAUAUUGUUGGUGUCAUUACUGUAUUGAGAAGCUGAUGAAUGUUCACUUUGAAGAAGUGCAAAAUACGAGAGGAUUUGUCUGUGAUAUUCCAAUGACUAUGAAUCAGCUUGUAACGUCUGAUUAUAUCUGUCUGUGCCAUUGUUUCAGUACCAUGUCUAAUAACACUGGCCAUUUCAGCAAGUACACUAAUUACAGUUCAAUAGUCCACAGUUGUGUUUUCAUGUUAUUAGUCUGUGAGUCCACUGAAAAAUGUCGGUUGUAAAGUGGUGGUUUGUUGAUGACUCAGCAUCUGAGUCGCAUCUACUGUAUACAUGUAAUCAGAUACAGAAACAUAUAUCGUGCCUUUUGUCUUGUUCAGGGAAUACUAGAGCCUUAAAUAUGUUCUCACUCUAUUUAAGAUAUCAUGUAACAGUUGUCUUUUCAAAUCAAUUUAGUGGAGUGUGAUUUAACCAAAGCCAUACCAUCUUUGAAUUGUUUUUUGUGUCUGAACACUUUUUUUUCCUUUUCUCUCCGAAUGUCAAUAGUAAUGGACAAAAUGUUUCUUCACUUCUAGUCUGAUUACGCAAAUAAAUUCUGUUUUGCUAUCAAAAA